CUAAAUGUACAGUUUUGUUUCAAGAAGUUUUGAGAAAAGUGGUCUUAUUUUUAUUUGUGGCUUCAUGACUCCUAAGUUUACAGUUUUUGUUUUGUUUUUAAAGAAAAUGCCUAGUUUUCAGAAACAACAGUUUUUUUUUUUUUCAGCAUGGAACACCAUUUAUUUUAAGUUUCCUCAGUGAUAAACAGAAGCACUUGGAUGUUAACAUGUGACCAUAUUAUUUUGAAUAAUACCAGUAUUCUUAUUGAUCUGUCAGCUACUUUUAUAAUUAACUGAAGUUUGAGGAUUUGUUUCUUGACUAAGAGGAGAGCCAUUAGGCUUAUAUAUUUGAUUUUAUUCAUGUUUAAAUGUGUGUUUUACAGAGUGAUCUUAAUUCAGAACUGAAAAAUGUCAGAUGGAUUUAUUGAAGAUGAUUUAACAGUUAACAACUAUUUUGUUUGGGCUUGGAAGACAGAAUAAUCAAAUUAUUCAUUCUUCCAGAAAGUCUCCCUUUGCGUUUCAUCAAGAAUUAGGCAUAUUACAGUACUGAAAAGUGUCCUAUAAAAUCAAACCUUGAGUGCAAUACUUUUGUCUUCUAAGAUUUUUGGGGGGCAGGGCGGUUACUGCCUGAAGAAAGGAAGAAAGAAGGGAAAGAAGUUGUUAUUCUAAAGUUUUCUUUUUAUCCCUCUCAACACCUGCUUGUCAGAGAGCUUGUGAGGGCAGCUGGAAGUUUGGAAAGUUGUGUGUGGUAGCAUUUUUGUGUAGGGUGUCUCGUUUCUCACCAGCUGUUGAUAAGUCUAGGUUCCCUGCGGCUAUACAUUUACAGUAGGAACGUUUAACCUCUCAGGUAGAUGGUAACACCUUGUAAAUGUACCUGCUAUUGCAUCUAGGACCUAGCUAGCCAUGAUGUCAGCCCCUCCCCCAUCACUGCAAUGGUUUGAAGAUCUGUUUUGCUUUGUUAGGAAAAUUUAGUGUUCCCUUUCCCCCUAGGGUGCUCUAACAUCUUGAUUCCUGUUCCGAGUAGAGAUGGCUAUAGCCAGACAAGGAACGAUUAUGCUACAUGGUGGCCAGUUGCUGCUUGAGAAGUGAGGGUUGGUACAGUAGGCUUCACUAGACUUAGCUGCAACUCAGAAUUUCUCCUCCAGCACCUGAGUAAAUGCUGAUGGUCUUGUGGAUUAAGAGUACGAGCUAAAUUCUCAAUCCCAAUUGAGAAGCGGAGGAAAUUUAAAACUGUCUCCUUCCAAGCUUACCACAGCCACCACCAUCAAGACAGCAAACAAAGGACAAAGACUUUGAACCGCUGUGUUGCUCUGUGUAGUCCUGUUCACGUGUGCUUUACAGACUUGGCUGGGUUACUAAUAAGUAAAUAAAAAGUUGGACGCUUCUGUCAUUCGGACAUUUGAUUCACAAGUUACCAGAAUGAGGGCUGUACUGGAGACAGCAGACAUUGCCAUAGUGGCCCUGUAUUUUAUCCUGGUCAUGUGCAUUGGUUUUUUUGCCAUGUGGAAAUCUAAUAGAAGCACAGUGAGUGGAUACUUCCUGGCUGGGCGCUCUAUGACCUGGGUGGCAAUUGGUGCCUCUCUGUUUGUGAGCAAUAUUGGGAGUGAACACUUCAUUGGGCUGGCAGGAUCUGGAGCAGCAAGUGGAUUUGCAGUGGGCGCAUGGGAAUUCAAUGCCUUACUGCUCUUGCAACUUCUGGGAUGGGUUUUCAUCCCUAUUUACAUCCGGUCAGGGGUAUACACUAUGCCUGAAUACUUGUCCAAGAGAUUCGGUGGCCAUAGGAUUCAGGUCUAUUUUGCGGCCUUGUCUCUGCUCCUCUAUAUCUUCACCAAGCUCUCAGUGGAUCUGUAUUCAGGUGCCCUCUUUAUCCAGGAGUCCUUGGGUUGGAACCUCUAUGUGUCUGUCAUCCUGCUCAUUGGCAUGACCGCCCUGCUGACUGUCACCGGAGGCCUUGUUGCAGUGAUCUACACAGACACGCUACAGGCUCUGCUCAUGAUUAUCGGGGCACUCACACUUAUGGUCAUUAGCAUGAUGGAGGUUGGAGGGUUUGAGGAAGUAAAGAAGAGGUACAUGUUGGCCUCACCCAAUGUUGCUUCCAUUUUGUUGACACACAACCUUUCCAACACAAAUUCAUGUAACGUCCACCCUAAGGAUGAUGCCCUAAAAAUGUUGCGAGAUCCAACAGAUGAAGAUGUUCCAUGGCCUGGAUUCAUUCUUGGGCAGACCCCAGCCUCUGUAUGGUACUGGUGUGCUGACCAAGUCAUCGUGCAGAGGGUUCUAGCAGCCAAAAACAUUGCUCAUGCCAAAGGCUCUACUCUAAUGGCUGGCUUCUUGAAGCUGCUACCGAUGUUUAUCAUAGUUGUACCAGGGAUGAUUUCCAGGAUACUGUUUGUUGAUGACAUAGCUUGUAUCAACCCAGAGCACUGCAUGCAAGUGUGUGGGAGCAGAGCUGGGUGCUCCAAUAUCGCCUAUCCACGCCUGGUGAUGAAGUUGGUCCCUGUGGGCCUCCGGGGCUUGAUGAUGGCCGUGAUGAUUGCAGCUCUGAUGAGUGACCUGGACUCCAUCUUUAACAGUGCCAGUACCAUAUUCACCCUUGAUGUGUACAAACUUAUCCGCAAGAGUGCAAGCUCCCGGGAACUAAUGAUAGUGGGCAGGAUAUUUGUGGCUUUCAUGGUUGUCGUCAGCAUAGCCUGGGUGCCGAUUAUUGUAGAGAUGCAAGGAGGCCAGAUGUACCUGUAUAUCCAGGAGGUGGCAGACUAUCUGACCCCUCCCGUGGCAGCCCUCUUCCUGCUGGCAAUUUUCUGGAAACGCUGCAAUGAGCAAGGAGCUUUCUAUGGUGGAAUGGCAGGCUUUGUUCUUGGAGCCGUCCGUUUGAUACUGGCUUUUACCUACCGUGCUCCUGAGUGUGACCAACCUGAUAACAGGCCAGGCUUCAUCAAAGACAUCCAUUAUAUGUACGUGGCCACAGCACUGUUCUGGAUCACAGGACUCAUCACUGUGAUCGUUAGUCUUCUCACACCGCCUCCCACAAAGGACCAGAUUCGCACCACCACAUUUUGGUCGAAGAAGACUCUGGUAACAAAGGAGAGCUGCUCUCAGAAAGACGAGCCAUACAGAAUGCAAGAGAAGAGCAUUCUGAGGUGCAGUGACAAUAGUGAGGUUGUCAACCAUGUCAUUCCCAACGGGAAAUCGGAAGACAGCAUUAAGGGACUGCAGCCUGAAGACGUCAAUCUGUUGGUGGCAUGCAGAGAAGAGGGCAACCCGGUCGCUUCCCUGGGCCACUCAGAGGCAGAAACACCAGUAGACGCCUAUUCCAAUGGGCAGGCAGCUCUCAUGGGUGAGAAAGAGAGAGAGAAGGAAACAGAAAACAGGAGCAGGUAUUGGGAGUUCGUGGACUGGUUCUGUGGCUUUAAAAGUAAAAGCCUUAGCAAGAGGAGUCUCAGAGACUUGAUGGACGAGGAGGCCGUUUGUUCACAGAUGUUAGAAGAGUCUCCACAAGUAAAAGUGGUGUUAAACAUUGGACUUUUUGCUGUGUGUUCACUUGGAAUUUUCAUGUUUGUUUAUUUCUCCUUAUGAACUUAUGGUGAGACACUUAAGAAAAUACUGGUCUUUGGAAACAAAAUGUAACUGUCGCGUCUCUCAGGCAUUGUUUACGCUGAAGGUUUUAGCCAAAUUUUACUUAGCAGAAAUUCAUCUAUUUGCAAGACUAUUUUCCCGGAGAUGGAUGAAAAUAAAUCUUCAACUUAAAUGAAACAAAACAGACUGAAUUGUGCAAAAAAAAAAAAAAAAUGUGGUUUUAGAGUUUUCCAUACCAAAGUGAGGAAAGACCAAUAAUUCUCAUAGAUCACUUAGAGCAGAACGUGUUACGGUAUCAUGUAAAGUGUCUUGUCUGCAUUGCCAAGUCUAGUAGACCUUAUGCUGAAGUAGAUGUGCUCAUUUGUAAGGUUUUUGUCUCUAAUCCCUGCUAUGAUUACAAAACUGAAUUUGUAGAGACUGUGGAUUAGCUCUGUCCUGAAAGUCUAAUGUGCUGUAUAGUAAUUACUUCAGGACAACUUUGUCUGUGUGGUUGGUUUUGUUAUGUUAGCAUGAGUCUUUGGAUUCUGCUUGCCAAAAGAAAGGAAGAAUGUUUUCCUGUAGGUAUUUUUGUAUUACUUGUAUGUGGAAUGUUAGUGGUUUGGGGCAGACUUUGUUUCAAUCCCCUCCCUAUGUUUUUUCUUACUUAAACUGAACCAUGCUGAAAUGACUACCAAGUCUGCUUAUAAUUUUUUUAAUGGGGGGGAGUAAAUGUUGCUAUUGAUCCCCACAUUUAUUGAUCAAAUAAGGUUGUUUUAAAAUAUAGUUUGAGAAUUAACAGCUACCAUGCAAUGCUUGAUAAAUGUAAUGCUAAGAGGAUAAUGAAUCAGUUUUUGCCUGUUUUCUAGCUGCUUCCUUGUCAUUUUGUAACAUUCCUUGUUAAUUAGCCACAUGCCUUCCCAAAUGGGUCCAGAUGUAAGAAAUGUUGAGUAUCAUGACAGAGAGCUGGCACUGCUUUUGUGUGCUGGGUUGUGGCACUUGGUUAGCUUGUGAUACACUGGUGUUGUGUUUAGAGGAAACAUCAAAUGCUGACUCCAUGCUGCAUUUUCUGUGAGUCCUUCUCCUGGUUUCUGUCUUUCUUGAAGACUUGCUGCAGGUAUACAUCUGUGUUGUUACAGUCAGCACGAGAGUGCUUCCUUCCAAAGUGGCCGCCAGUCACAGAACACUCUUCACCCUUGCUGUUGAUCAGUGUAGGGUUUCUGUAGGAUGGCCCGCGUCUUCAUGAGUUGCAUGAACAGAGACUUCUGUGUUUAGCAGUGAGCUUGAGGAGGAUAGCACAUGACAUGACUCUCGAUACAGACCUUUAUCCUGGCUUGGUAUCCAGUUGUAACAUCUCUGGGCAGUGGAUCUUUUUUAUGGGCUGUUUCUCCUUCGUGAAGUUUGGUGCAGAAGGCAUUAGAGAAAAACUCUUAUGGAUGAUGUGUAUGUAUAGUCCUUUGUCUUCAACACUGCCUGUUCUCCAUAAGAGAUGAGGAAAGCUACUUAUGCACCUACUUUCUUUAAGCUAAUAAAAAUUUUUAAAAUUACAUAAGAAAUUUAUUAAGCCUUGUACUCACGGAGAAUUAUUACUUUUAUAGAUCAUUUUGUAGAUUUUGAAUCAAUUCAGUCCUGAUAACUUUUUUUUUUUUUUUUUUUUUUUU